UUCUUUGCACACAUCACAUAAAUACAGGGUCAAAAGUCUAUUCCAUUUCUGUUGCUCAUUGCAUUACUGUACUGUAUUCAACAGUAAAGAGAAUCUUCCACUGGACCCCAAAGCACCAAAAUGGCAGAAUUAGUCUCUGAUGCUCAAAAUCCUUUAAACUGCCCGAUCUGUCUGAACCUGUUUAAGAACCCGGUGACUACAGCCUGUGGGCACAGUUUCUGUACGGACUGUAUAAAGGGUUGCUGGGAUCGAGAUGCUUCUUUGAGGCGAGCGUACAGCUGCCCUACAUGCAGGAAGACGUUCAACCGAAGACCAGAUCUCAGCAGAAGCACGGUCCUGGCUGAGAUUGUAGAGGGAAUGAAACAGGAAGUUCCAGCUAAGCCUGAAGAUGUUACGUGCGAUUCUUGCAAAGGAAGAAAACUCAAAGCCGUCAAGUCUUGUUUGUUUUGUAUGGCUUCUUACUGCCCAACUCACAUUCAGCCUCAUUACGAGUCUGAAGCUUUUAAGAAACACAAGCUGGUAGACGCUUCCUCGGAUCUACAGCAGCAGAUCUGCCCUCAGCAUCAUAAAGCUCUGGAGAUAUACUGCUAUAACGACCAGAGGUGUAUAUGUGUAGUUUGUAUGGGGACUCAACACAGUGGACAUCGAACGGUCUCAGCUGCAGCUGAAAUGGCAAAAAAACAGGAAGAACUGAAAAUACAAAAGAGGGAUCACAUUCAGGAAAUCACGGACAUAGACAAGAAGAUCCAGGCAUUUAGGAAGGCUGGGGAUUCUCACGAGCGCUCUGCGUGGGCUUCGGUGGAGCACAGCGAGAGGAUCUUCGGUGAGCUCGUCCGCUCCGUUCAGAAAAGACGAGCUGAGGUGAGAGAACUGAUCAGAGCUCAGGAGAAGAAGGAGAUAGCACAGAUCAAUGAUCACAUACAGCAGCUGGAGCGGGAGAUCGCCAAUCUGCAAAAGGAGAACGAAAAACUGGAGCCGAUUUUACAUACAGAGGAUCACAUCCAUUUCUUCCAGAAUUUCUCCUCUUCUCAAUCCGGACCGGAUGCGUUCACGACUUCACCCAGAGACGUUAACGACCCCUGACCUUUGAAAAUGUGAAUGACGCCGUCUCAGAGCUGAAAAACCAACUGGUCAAACUCUGCGAUGAACACGUGGACAGAAUAUCAGUAAAAGGUGAAGUAACGUCGUCAAGGACUUUAUACAAGUAUGUAGAGGUGUGAAAGAGAGCACAAUGUGAAGCUGGGAGCAUGAGAAACGGAAGACCGACAAGGACUCAUCGGGGGCUAAACAAGCUUGGUUAUUGGACAAAAUAUAACAAUUUGAGGCGAAGUGCUCAUUAGCAGCUGAUUUCACCACAACUUUCAGGGUUACUGGCAAAUUAAAAAAAAAAAGUAUGGCGUUAAGUAAUUAAUUAUAUUGU